AUGUACGGAGACCUGGGGAACAAGCUGGUCCAACAUGCAAAACGCGUGCAAUCCCUCUCCCAACUGCCGCCAUAUCAGACAGAAAUGGUGCGUUCAGUGGCACGCGAAGUUCGCGAGUUGGACAAGGACGUGGCACGUAUCCUAGAGCCGUUCGAGGGCACAUUCAACCCUUCGGAGAACCACGCGACCGCCUGCGCCUUGCUUGUGGACCAUUUAUCCAUGCGACGCAACAAAAGAUGCCUGCUGGCUUACCACCGGGUGCGUGCCGAGAAACUGGAGGAAAUGUGCUGGCAGGGCCGUGACGUGCUGGACGAAGAGCAGAUGCAGGGGAGUGAUCCGGUUUCUCAGGGCGGUGGUGGCCAUGCUGCAAAUUCCCUCAGUCCAGAGGAAAUGGAGUACUUUCGCCAGUAUAGUGAUAUGCUGGCGGCGUAUAAAGGACAUUGGAUCGACAUUGACUUGACGGGUAGCUUAAAACCGCCAAAGGACCUGUUUAUUGAUGUGCGCGUGCUGAAGGAUGCUGGGGAGAUUCAGACGGAAUAUGGGGCUAUUACGUUGACGAAAAACAGUCAAUUCUAUGUCCGCUUGGGCGAUGUUGAACGGCUCAUUGCGCAGGGCUAUCUGCAGCGACUGAGCUAA